AUGUCCCAUCCUUUACAUUUCUUGAACGGGUUUGGAGCUGGCAAUGGAUCUUUGUCGGCUCUCUCAGUAACAGGAGCACCCAAGCAGGACGACCCAAGUGACGAACAAGGAAACAGAGUGCGCUGGGCAGCGCUGCUGAUCCUCCUGCUGAUAAUCCCCACCAUUGGGGGGAACAUACUUGUCAUACUGGCCGUGUCCCUGGAGAAAAAGUUGCAAUAUGCUACCAACUACUUUUUGACGUCCUUGGCAGUGGCAGAUUUGCUCGUGGGUCUGUUUGUGAUGCCCAUUGCCCUCCUCAUAAUAUUAUUUGACAAUACCUGGCCUUUACCAACUGCCUUGUGUCCUAUCUGGCUGUUCCUCGAUGUCCUCUUUUCCACAGCUUCCAUCAUGCACCUCUGUGCCAUCUCACUAGACCGUUAUAUUGCGAUAAAAAAGCCAAUCCAGGCUAGUCAGUACAAUUCAUGGGCUACAACAAUCAUCAAAAUCAUCGUGGUUUGGCUCAUUUCAAUAGGCAUUGCAAUCCCGAUCCCUAUCAGAGGCAUCGAAGACGGAAACGGCAACUCCACAAACAUCACGUGUGUCCUGAUGCCUGAUCGUUUCCAUGACUUCAUUCUGUUCGGCUCAGUGGCUGCGUUCUUCAUUCCCCUCGCUAUCAUGAUUGUCACCUAUUUUCUGACAAUCCAAGUGCUGCGCAAGAAGGCCUAUUUGAUCCACAAACCGCCCCAGCGCUUCACUUGGUCAACAGUGUCCACAGUAUUCCAGCGUGACACAACACCCGCCUCCUCACCGGAGAAGGUGGCCAUGCUAAAUGGCUCCAGGAAGGACCAGACUCUGUCCAGUGACAUGCCUCUCUGCAGGACAUCUACAAUUGGGAGGAAGUCCAUGCAAACCAUAACCAAUGAGCAAAGGGCAUCAAAAGUUCUGGGGAUUGUAUUUUUUCUUUUCCUGCUGAUGUGGUGCCCAUUUUUCAUAACAAACAUAAGUUCAGUUCUGUGCAACUCCUGCAACAAGGAGGUUUUCCAAAAGCUUUUGGAGAUAUUUGUUUGGAUAGGAUAUCUAUCCUCAGGAGUGAACCCUCUUGUAUAUACACUCUUCAACAAAACAUUUAGGGAGGCUUUCAGCAGGUAUAUCACUUGCAACUACCAGACCAUAAAGCCUAUCAAGGCCCUGCGGAAGCGCUCCAGCAGGAUCUCUUUCAGAAGCUCUGUGGCAGAAAAUUCCAAGCUCUUUGUCAUGAACGGGAUGAGAAACGGGAUUAACCCCAUUAUGUACCAGAGCCCAAUGAGGCUGAGGAGCUCACCCAUGCAGGCAUCAUCAGCCAUUCUGCUGGACACCUUGCUGCUCACUGAGAAUGAAGCUGAUAAAACAGAAGAACAAGUCAGCUACGUAUAGUGGAACUGCAGCUGUGUCUGUAUAUAGCAUUGCUGUAUGUAUUAUUCUAGAUAACUGUGCUAUAAGAGGGUAUAAAUACUAUUGUUUUCUGUUAUUUAUGCAAGCAAUAUCUUAUAAAUUUAUAUUAAUUCCUCUCUUCCAAAGACUCCUCUACUUUAACCCCAACCCCGUGGUUGCCAUGGUGGCAACCACAACUUCAUUCCAUGAAAAAUGACUCAUGCAGAACUGUAGCCUAAGGAAGAGGGAAAUAAAUAAAA